GCACUUUCUGGCAUAAAAGAUUAAAGAGCUUGUAAAACUACAGUUCCAGGACCCAUCGCAUUGAGCCAUGGCUGUAAAAGGAUAGUUGAAUUGCAUUAAUUCUACAGUAGAGAUGUACUCCCAGUUGAGUAAAUAAAACAACAGACAACAAACAAACAAAGGAAGACCACCUUCAUCCCAUUUCUAAUCUGUUUCUUGUCCAUUUUUUCUAAGGUUGAAAAUUUCCAAAAACAAAUGGAAUCCAUGCCUGACUUUUCGAUGCCUGCGAAUGCCCACAUCACCUCCCUACAUAUCUCCCAUAGAGCUCCAAUGCUUUCCAUGACCACAGGGUCAAUCAAAGCUUAUCAGGAAAUGGAGCUCAGGGUCUAUGGGUCUCGCCCAAGGCCCCCAAAUAAGCACUUCUGUACCUUUAAAAUGAAAGCUGUUUAUGAUGUCAGUAUUUCUAUCGAUGACACCAACGUGAGACUCAGCCUUGAACCUCAAAGACUUAUUGGACUCUCCCUGAUUCGGACUUAUAUUGGAGUAUUUGAUCAUCGGCAUAUGCGUUCUGCAGUGCUGCAGCUCCUAGCCAACACAUAUACACGAUAUGCCAACAUUUUGCUCUCUGCUGGAUUCCCGAUACCAAUGAUGAAAGACCUUGGAGUGAAGAAUGUCGAUGUUGCCUCAGGAGAGAAUGUUCUCCUUCUGAUGGCCUAAUAUUCCAUUGUGAAGCCAAUCCCUCAGAAACAGGACCAGACCUAGAAGAAGACAGAAAGUGCUGCUGGUCCCUCCUGCCCCUGCUUAGGUUGCUUUUAUUGUUCCAGUUCACCUUCUUUUGGCUUUCAUUUUCUGCUCCGUGGAAGAACGAGACAGAGAAGGAGACCCUGGCUUGGAUUCAUCUCCUCUGGACCUCAGUGGGAUAUUUGGUGUCCUUUGCAGGGAGGAGGAAAUCUUGCCAUAAUUUCUACUUCUUUGGUGGGGCAUUAUUUGCACAGAGAUGAGUCUUGUUUCUCCAGGGCUCACUCUAUUUGGUUUCCUUUGCUUGCUUCUCUUACUUUGGUAAUAAAAAAUUCUCCCCUGACUACAAGUUGCCUCCUUUUUUGUGAAACACAACUGAAGUAGAAUUCAAAAUUUAGGGUCUCUUCUAGUGAAGGAGAUGACAGCGUGGGGGUCAGGGUGCAUUCUGGGUGGGUUUCUUCAAGCUCCAUCAAUCAUCUUCUCCAGCACCCUGAUGAAUUGGUUGCAAUCGACUGCCACACCAAUUCCUGUUCAAUGUCAGACUCAAACACAUCUGUAGUCUGAAGUCCAAACAUUUAUUUCAAUAUCUAUAAUAAAUAUUUACAAAGCACAGCAAAAGCCAUUGCUCUGAGCUGGCAUUUCUAUUUAGCCUCUUGCCUUGGCAAGCACCAGCUCAACACACACAGAGAGAUAAGAAACAUAUUCCUCAGUACGAAGGAAGUUCCAACCUCCAAAGGCCGGAAAUCAUGUCUGAUAGGUCAUAGCAGGCUGUCAGUCAAAACUAGCCUGCUGUUAACUGUUUCAUUACUGAAACACACACUCUUGCAAAACAGCAGAAAACACUUGAUUUACAUUUCAUACACAUACAACCAUAAUCC